CACCGAUCUGGCCUCAUCUGCAUUUCCCUCUCGACUCUGCCCUCCCGGCCCCAGCUCUGUGCCGACCAUGAGCUCAGACAAGCCUGAUCAGCCACCCCUCCCGUUGGCGAACCCGCCCAGCGACAUCCCAGGCAACGCUGGCAAACCUCCUCGUCCUAUCAAGGACAAGUUUGCCGGCCGGCCGCUGCCAAGCAACGAGCGUCCGCUGCCCGAGGAUGUCGAGGGUUGGUUCUCCAAGGCGUUUUCGCUGUGGAUGGACCCUCUCUUCUACCUCGGGUGGAUGAGACCCAUCCAGUUCUCUGACCUCUGGCACGUCCCGCCCGAGAUUCAGAGCGCGGCCAUCGCCAGCGAAUUGCAAGUCUGUUGGCUUCGCCAGCUAUCGCCGCCUGAACCCGCACAGUCGGGCAAGGAUAUCGGCCUUGAAGGCCACUCCCAGUCUCAAUCUCUGUCCCAAUUGCCCUCGAACACGUCCCUUCCGCUCAUCGACGAGCCUGGCAAGGCAAAGGACCAGGAGCCGUCGCAUGAGGCUCCUCCUGGCCCUUCUGCUCCUUCUGCUCCUCCCGCUCCCCCGGGCCACCUGCUCAGGGCUGCGCUAUGGUCGUUUCUGUUCCGUCCUAUGUUGCCGCUGGGCGCCCUCAAAUUCUUUGGCGACCUGUGCUCGACGCUGUCGCCGCUGUUCAUGCGCCUGCUCCUGGGCACCGUCGGUGGGUAUCAGGCCAGCAGCUCGUUCCAAACAAGCACGCUGCUGAUCCUUGAAGGGGUUGCCUACUCUGUCGGGCUCUUUGCUCUCCAGUUCAUGUCCGUGGUGCUCCUGAACAACUUUACCCUGCGGACAACCAAACUCGCUCGUAUCGCCCGCUCGUCGCUGUCGGCUCUGAUAUACCGCAAGGUGCUCAAGCUGUCGACGCUGGCGAGACGAGAGUUUACGGGCGGCAAAGCCAUCUCCAUGACGGCCUCGGACUGCACCAGAAUCGAGUCCUUUAUCGGCUACGUUCACUACGUGUGGGCAACCCCCCUGCAGAUCGUCAUCAUCUGCGUCUUCCUGGUCCUUUCGCUAGGCCCCGCUGCGCUAGCAGGAGUGGGCGUCCUGGCCAUUAUGAUCCCUGUGCAGACGAUCCUGCGUCGAAGACUCGGGUUCCUGCGCCGAGCUGCCGCACCGAUCGCGGACGAGCGAGUCAAGUUCAUCCAGGAGAUCCUCAACAGCAUCAGGACAGUCAAGUUCUUUGCCUGGGAGCAUCUGAUUGUCGGCAAGAUCAGGCUCAUCCGCAAUAGAGAAAUCGCCCUCAUUUGGAAGCGUGGUGUCAUCCAGUCCUUCAGCUCGGCCCUGGUGUCAGGCAUCCCUGUUCUGGCCGCCACCCUCUCGAUUUCUAUCUAUGCCGCCCUGACGCCGCUCACAGCCGCCAGUGCCAGCGUUGUCUUUGCCUCGUUGUCCUGGUUCGCAAGCUUGCGUUUCCCGCUCCUGCUGCUGCCGACGCUGCAGACCGUCUACUCGGACUUUGAUGUCGGUGUCACUCGAAUUCAGGAGCUCUUCCUUGCCACCGAGACGGACGAGUCCAUACUCGAGAGCGCCAGCACGGACUCCAAAGCUGCCUUCGAAAUCUCCAACGGCAGCUUUUGUUGGGAGAUCCCCGAGCCUCGCGCUGCACCAGAGAAACCAAAGAAAGGCUUCUUUGGCCGCACUCAAGCCCAAGCUGCUGCCUCUCUUGCCAACCGACCCGCCCUGCAGCAAGCCUUGGAUGUCUCGUUCAAGCUCGAGGACAUCAACAUCAAGAUCAAGCCCGGCACACUUGUCGCCAUCGUCGGUGGAAUCGGAGCCGGCAAGUCGUCCUUGAUCAGUGCUAUCGUUGGCGAAAUGAAGCAAACCAGCGGACAGAUGGGAUGGCAUGGAACCCUGGGCUACUGCCCGCAGCAGCCAUGGAUCCAAAAUGCCACCCUGGAGGACAACAUCACUUUUGGCAAGCCCUAUGACGAGGCCAAGUUUGCACGCACCAUCGACAGCUGCUGUCUGCAGCACGACAUUGGUAUUCUUCCGGAUGGAGUUCACACCCAGAUUGGAGAGCGUGGCAUCAAUCUAUCCGGCGGCCAGAAACAACGCGUGAGCAUUGCCCGAUGCCUCUACUACGACAGCGACAUUGUCUUGUUGGACGAUCCCCUCAGUGCAGUGGACGCCCAUGUCGGCAAGGAUAUUUUCGAAAAGUGCAUCCUGGGCGAGCUCAAAGACAAGACCCGCAUCCUGGUUACCCACCAGCUCCAUGUGCUGCCCCAAGUUGACCACGUUGUUGUGAUGGCGCAUGGCAGGAUCAUCGAGCAAGGCACGUACCCAGAGCUACUGCAGCUCGAUGGCGAGCUCUCCCGAAUCAUGAAGAUCUACGGCACUGGCAGCGAGACACAUGCCUCGUCCGAUGCCAGCAACGCAGCCACCCCUGCCGGGCCGGGCCGCCGAAAGGGCAAAGCCAAGGACUCCACCUCACCCGCCGCGGAUACCACACCAGCACUCAAGCGUCGAGGUCGCGAUCUGUUCCGCGAGGAAGACCGGCCUACCGGGGGCGUCGACAAGAAGAUCUGGCUGGCGUAUACCAAGGUCGCCGGCGGCAAAUCCAUCUUUGUGGUUUUGCUUGCCUUGAUGAUCCUUGCACAGACCGCCAGGGUCGGCACCGACUACUGGCUCGUUCCCUGGAGCACCAAUCGCUUCCCAUCCCUCGGGCUCGCCGGAUACAUUGGCAUCUACUGGCUCCUGGGCUUCCUCCAGACCUUCUUUGUCUUCCUGAUCUGCUUGUACUUUUCAUACAAGGGCAUUAGCGUCUCCAGGACGAUCCACCUGCUGGCCUUUGAUAGGAUUCUGCAUGCGCCGUCGUCGUUUUUUGACACAACACCUGUCGGACGCAUCAUCAAUCGAUUCUCCAGCGACCAAGAUGCCAUCGACAACUCGAUCAUCCAGAGCCUCCGGAUGUCUUUCACCAUGGGCUCGAACGCCGUGGGCAUGUUCAUCACCAUCGUCAUGGCUGCUCCCUGGUUCCUGGCAGCCCUUGGCCCGCUCAUGGUGGUCUACUACUAUAUCCAGAAUGUGUAUCGCCGCACCUCCCGUGAGCUGAAGCGUCUCGACUCCCUUGCACGAUCGCCCAUCUACGCCUAUCUGGGAGAGUCGGCCCAGGGCACGACCACCAUCCGAGCCUUUGGCCGCCAGAGCGAGUUUGUGAACCACUACGAUGCACUCAUCGACAAGAACAACUCACCCGGGUUCCUGACUCUGUCGGCGCAGCGAUGGCUUGGCAUCCGCCUGGAUAUGAUCGGCGCCUUCCUCGUCUUCUUCGCCGCCAUAUUGGGACUGGCGUGUCUGGGCUUCAUGCCAGUUGUGCUCUACGGACUGGCACUGUCAUAUGCGCUCCAAGUCACAAGCGCCUUGAAUCAGUGCGUGCGGCAGUUUUCCGAUACGGAGAUCUCCAUGAAUGCAGUCGAGCGUGUCUAUCACUACGCAUACGAAACUCCUGUCGAAGAGCCGGCCGGAACGGCGACCCAGAUGCCGCCAGAGUCCUGGCCAAGCGAAGGCAAGAUCGACAUCACCAAUCUAAAGCUUCGGUAUCAACCGCACCUGCCCCUGGUCCUCAACGGAGUGUCGCUCUCGAUCCAUGGUCGUGAAAAAAUCGGCAUCGUGGGUCGUACCGGCAGCGGCAAGUCGUCCCUGAUCAACUCGCUGUUCCGGAUCACCCCAUGUGAAGAGGGCUCGCGCAUUCUCAUCGAUGGCGUGGACAUUCACACCAUUCCGCUGAGCAGCCUCCGCAGCGGUGUGACCAUCAUCCCUCAGGACCCUGUUCUCUUCAGCGGCACUAUUCGUAGCAACCUCGACCCCUUUGAUCAGUACGAGGACCACGAGCUCUGGGAUGUCCUGGAAAAGUGCCAUCUCAAGGACAAAAUCACCAGAAUCCAGCAAGAGCUGGAGGACACCUCUGCAAAGGACCAGGGCCGAGCCGCCCAGCAGCCGGCCCUCUUUGGCCUCGAAAUCUAUGUUCAAGAACGAGGCGAAAAUUGGUCUGUGGGACAGCGACAGCUGAUGUGUCUUGCCCGAGCCAUGCUGCGAAAGCCCCGGAUCCUGGUCAUGGACGAAGCCACGGCCAAUGUCGACUAUGAGACCGACCAGAUCAUCCAGUCCUGUUUGCGCACCGAGUUCGCCAACUCCACUCUGAUCACGAUCGCCCACAGGCUCAACACUGUGAUAGACUACGACCGCGUCGUCGUGAUGAAGGACGGCUUGCUCGUCGAGGUCGGCUCCCCGGCCGAACUGCUUGACUCCGAGAACAAGCACUUUACUCUCUUCAAGGACAUGGUGAAGGAGACCGGCGCCAGCCACUCAGAGUUUUUGGCCAAGCGUGCCCGUCCCACCGAGAACUAAAGCGCUGACUGAUCUCAACGAGCAGACCUCAUCAAGCACCGCGAUCGCUGCCGUCAUCGCCAUCACCGAAGCCCCCAAGCUCGGCAAUCAUUUUGCUACCCGGCCGCUGUAGCUUCUUUUAUUUCUUUUUGUCAUUCUUUGUCCUCUUGAAACGAUCCAGGCUCUAUGAUUCAGGCCGGCGUGUGGUCCGGAUAUUCGGUCUGAAUAUAUAUCAGUCGUCGCUAUCUGCCUCAAUUGUCCAGUCUCCGAGG